GCCUUCCUUUUUCUCGCUUCUUUCUUGGACCCAAUUUUUCGCCUCAAAAGGAAGAUGCCUGACUGAUCCCCACGGCCCACCAGAACGGCGCCGUAGCGGCUUUCCCUUUUCCUUCUUGACGACACGUGAGAGUCCGAAUCUCGUGGAACCACAUAGACCCGCCACACUUCGUCAUCAUCACACAGAACCAACAAACCUUCCUCUGUUCUGCUCUCUCCAUACUCUUCUCUCUCGCUCCCAAGGGCCAGCACUUGCCCUAGCGUCUUCGCCGUCUAGUCAUUGCUCCCGCGAAUCCCAUGGCUUCUUCACUCUUUCUGCCUUCUCCUCCUUCCUCCUCGUCUUCGUCUCUGGCGUUUUCUUCUUCUGCUUCUCUGUUCAACGCCACCAGUCUCCAAAAUUUGGACUUUAACGAGUCUCGCUCUCGAAUCUGCGCUCCAUACUGUGUGAGAUGUGACCUGUCCGAGCCAUCCAAUCCUUUAAAUGGGAAGGCAAUCAUCCCUGUUCUGAACAAUCGGACGCUGCCCAAGUUCUUGGAAUCAGCAAGAAUGGAGAAAACUGUCAAUGGAAACAGCAACAGGUUGAAAUUAUUCUCCGGCACAGCCAAUCCUGAACUUUCUAAGGAAAUUGCUUGGGACAUGGGAUUGGAACUCGGGAAGAUUUAUAUUAAGCGAUUUGCUGAUGGAGAAAUCUACGUUCAAUUACAAGAGAGUGUUAGAGGAUGCGAUGUGUAUCUUAUACAGCCAACAUGCCCUCCUGCAAAUGAGAAUCUAAUGGAGCUGAAGAUAAUGAUUGAUGCUUGUCGUAGGGCAUCUGCUAAAAAUAUUACUGCUGUGAUUCCAUACUUUGGAUAUGCGAGAGCUGAUAGAAAGACUCAAGGUCGAGAAUCCAUUGCAGCCAAACUUGUUGCUAACCUCAUUACAAAAGCUGGGGCAGAUCGUGUUCUUGCCUGUGACCUUCACUCCGGGCAGUCCAUGGGCUACUUUGAUAUUCUGGAUCACGUACAAUGCCAACCCGUGAUUCUUGAUUAUCUGGCCAGCAAGAUGAUAAGUUCUAAUGACUUGGUGGUGGUUUCACCUGAUGUUGGUGGUGUUGCAAGAGCUCGUGCUUUUGCUAAAAAAUUAUCUGAUGCACCCUUGGCAAUUGUUGACAAAAGGCGUCAUGGACACAACUUAGCUGAGGUGAUGAAUCUGAUUGGUGAUGUAAAAGGAAAAGUUGCAGUUAUGGUGGACGACAUGAUUGACACUGCAGGGACCAUUGCUAAAGGUGCGGAGCUGUUACAAGAAGAGGGCGCCAGGGAAGUAUAUGCAUGCUGCACUCAUGCUGUUUUCAGCCCUCCUGCGAUCGAGAGGUUGUCGAGCGGCGUAUUUCAGGAGGUGAUUGUUACAAACACGCUUCCAAUUGCAGAAAAGAAUAACUUCCCCCAGUUAACUAUUCUUUCAGUAGCAAACCUGUUGGGUGAAACUAUUUGGCGUAUUCAUGAUGAUAGUUCUGUCAGUAGCAUUUUUCAGUGACUGCUUGGGAUCACUGCUCCGUCAUAGAUGAUUUUAUUUAAUCAACACAACCCGUGUCGUUGCUUAUUUAAUUUCCAACUUUUUUUACUUCACUCCUAGUUGUCCCCCAUUUGUUCUUCUGCUUCAUCUCUUCCAGUUAUGAUAUUGAUUGCUGAAAGGUUAAAAAUUAGAAUCUACAUGUAAUUUGGUACCUAGCUCAAGCAACUAAUCAAGGCAAACGAACUGAUUCUCGGAAAUUAGCCUUAACCAGUCGUAUAACCAAACAAGAUACUCAUUUUUUUUAUAUUAAAAAAAAAUGAGGAAAAAGACGAUCAAAUAGGUACCUAGAGUUUGUGGAUGUGGCCAGAACCACAUAGGAGAAAAAGAAAAACGAAAAAAAUGGGAAAACAAAAUGUGAUUUGGAUCACCUCCAACAUUGCGAAUAAGAUAUCACUGAUGCAAAUUCAAGAAAUGUUUAACAAAUAAAAAUUAGUGUAAUUUUUGAUGCAGAAAUCGACCAAAACCAUAAACUAUCUCUACACUUAAUCUCAGUCAAAAGUUCGAAAAAGGUAUAAAUUAUCUCUAUUCUCUAGUCUAGUUAUUUAUAAAAAACUUGAGAAAAUUAUAAUUAAGAAAACAAAGUGAAUUAUGCCUUCUAUUUAGGGUCAACAGAAACCCUUCAAUUAUCGGAUUAGUUCCUACGUCGCGUUGAACACAGUAUCGAGUUGUUCUUUUUGGUCGUCCCUAUCAAUUUUUUCCCCCUUCAAUCAAUGAAUAUGGGAUGCGUCCAUGAAUAAAAAACAAUGGGCCUAAACCCUAGGCUCUUGGAGCCGGCUUAGAACCAAUUUUCUUUUCGGCCUGAUGCAUGGUAUAAAACCCUAAUUUAUAUCUAUAAAAUGCCGCAACUCUCCACUGAACCAGAACUCGCACAGCUACUCACUAGCCGACUCCAUGUCGUUCUUCUCUUUUAUUGUUUUUAUGUUUUAUCUCUUUUUGAGUCUGUGAUGAAGAUGAAACAGUGCCGGAGGCGGGUCUCUUACGAGCUCGUCGCUGAUGGCGCAAAUAUCCUCUAAGAAGUUCUGAGCUCAAGCCUUUUCUCACAGUCGCGAUUGUUUUUUUUUUUUUUCAAUCAAUCUAUAUUUUCUCUCCCUGAUCUAAUGGUUAUAUUGGCGCCGAUAAUUUCAAAGCUCUUGGGGCUUGGUUGCAAGAGGAAGAUAGAAAUUCAAAAGUCUGUCAAUCCACUGAUGUUAGUGUGAUGUGAAUAUUAAUCCCGACAGGUUCUGAUUGCAUCCUGUGUCCCCUUCUUCAAUCCCCCCAAUUUUACUGCUUUUAGUUUUAGAUGGUCGUUUUAAUUGUGCGUUAGAUUUGAACGUUGAUGAUUAAAUUUAACACCUUCUAUUAUUUUCAAUUUCUCCAUGGGCGUGUGAUGAAUCUAUCCUUUUAAAUGGGUAAUUUGCGUCUGAAAUUUUCAUUGAUGCUUUAUCACCUUGGAGACCUGAUGCCCACGUUCUUUACCAUGAAUUUUCUUUUUCUUCAGCUUACUUAGAAGAUGAAUUUGAUUUGCUUCUCUAUGGCCCUGCUUAUAUAUGUUUGAGGGAAUUUAGAGUUUUUGAAAGUUCUUGUGACUGCAGGACUAAAGAUUUAGCAUUGCUUUGUCAUGAUCUAUUCUAUUGAUUUCCAUGGGAGUUGUCGGUGAAAAAAACUCAGCUGAAAAAGAAUAACUCCAAAUCAGAAUGUAAAAUGAUCAUAAAAACUCCAAUCAGAAUGGAAAAUGAUCAUCGAAACUGUCAGUUAUCCAAAUUAAUGCAUGUAUGUGAGCAUGUAGGUUAAUAAUAUUGUGGCGAACAUUUAAUAUUUAUUAUAAUCAAUGAUUUUGUUGGAUGAUACCAGAAUUCCUUGGCCUAUACUUGCAAAAUAACUAUAACAUCUGACAUUAAUCAUAAAAAUUAGAUCUGAUCAUGGUAUUUGGAAGUUGAUAAUCCUUGCUCAUUAGCAGGAAUCCCUAAGUGUUGACAAACCUACAAUUCCUCCUGAUUUCACCUUCAUUCCCCGUGAGGACGUUGAUAUUUCCCAUCUUGAUCAUAGACUUGGCAAAUGAAGCAAAGAAAAGCUUCUGGUUUGAAGCAUAAGCCCACACUUGCUCUUUGAUGACUCCCUCAUGGUCCUGGGUGAUCAAAACAUUAUCAGAACCCAACAAUCCGUUUCCUUCGAGGAUGUUUAUGUAGUAAUGAUUAUCAAACUUGGUUGGGGUUUCAAAAUCCAGUGGAGCAACCUUGUGAUCCCUUCCCGUAACAGGACAUAUGGACCGUAGAAUCCUUCUGAAGGUUGUGUACCGUCUGUAACGGUCAGAGCCAUGAUGAUAUUCAGGUUUUGCCUCGUAAAUCCUCUGUCGGAAGCUUGCACAUCUUGCCCUUCCUAUGGUGUGGCUGCCUAUUAUUGUCAAGCAAUUUUAUGUAUGAUUAUGGGCUGCAUCAAAUUUUGCAUAUCUUCUCUGGUGCAAUGAAAUUUUGUUUCAGUCAGAUUAGACGAAUAUGGAUAUAUACCUGAUAAAGCUACCAAGUCUUCCAUGUCCAGACCCUUUGCUUUGAAACUGUCUAUGAGAGAUUCCAGGGAAGAAUUGGGAGCAGGGAUGAACUGGUUAGCUCCAUUGAAGCUUGACUUGAGAGAAUCCUUUCUUCCCAGCAGCACUUCCCAUGUUGGCCCUCCUCUCUUCUCAACAAGCGACAGUGAUUAAAUGAUUUUUCAUUCCACUCAAGUCAUGCUACUGUACUGGCCAAUAUGAUCAUGAAAAAUGUAACACGAAAUUCUAAAAAGCAGGGAAUCGUACCGAGACAACAGCAUCACGAGCAACCAUGGCAAGGAUAUCAGCACAAGAAACCGUAAGAGGACAUUCCUCUUCCAGCAAAUACUUAAUCUUGUCUAUGACCUCAAAUCCUCGUAGUGAAUUCAGAUUCGGUCCUGCCUGUUUUUCACUCGUCAUGCCCUCCACGCUGUCCAGAAGUACCGAUGCAUCACACCCCUGGUUUCCAACAAUACAUAAUAAUUACAGAAUUCUCAGGGAGACAGUAAUGGUAGACACAAAUAGAACUUGGAAAUGGGUAGGCCCUGUCUGGAGGAUAUAGUUACCAUGACGAAGCAAUCGUGGAAAUGUAAGCGAAGAAGCGAGGCUGCCAAGCGGGGAUCUUUGUAGGCUGCAACCUCCACGUUGUGUCUCACGAUAUCCUCAGCCAAGGGGCACGUCUCCUUGUAGUAGUCGUAAACAAGAAAACCAUCACCGUUCGAAGUUUUUGCGCUGUAAAAAAUAGAAAGCACCAUUAUUAAGAGUCUCAUAAGCUCCAUUGAAGGGAACAAUGAGUUCUCGGACCCAGAUUACAGAGAAGGAGAACAUCACAGGAUUUUGUACUCAACGUGCGUAUGCCAAGUAAGCAUUGAUAACUACUGAGAAUGUUUUUUUUGUACCGUUUGGUAGUGUCGGUCUCAUGUUUUCCAACCAAACUCGUGAGGAGAAUUUAUGAGCUGUUGUACGAUAAAGGGUUGAUACAACCAACUUGACCCAAAUGUUUCCUUCUGUCAGGCUCUGAUCA